CGUAAACCAUAAUGGCGAAAUUCGUGAAGUGAAGCCUUGUGCAGAUGAUUUUAAACGCCGUUGAAUUAAGAAACUUAAUUUAAAUUUAUUUUAACUUAUAACUUAAUAAUUACAGUUUAUAUUAUUACUAACUCUCAGUACAAUGUCUCGUUCCGUACGCGCCGAAACUAGAAACCGUGUUAAAGAUGACAUCAAAAGAGUCAUGCAAGCUGUUGAAAAAGUUCGCCAUUGGGAAAAGAAAUGGGUGACGAUAGGGGAAACAACCAUGAAAAUAUAUAAAUGGGUGCCGAUAUCAACAAACGAGCAGAAGAAGAAGCACGCGGCCAAGCGCGAUAAUAAGGAAAACACGUUGACCCCCAAAAAGAUGCACGAUUCAUCCAACUCCAACUUCGGAAUGGCCGAGGAUUCUAACACCUGUUUCUCAACUGUGAGUGACUCUCAGGGCCCUACAGAGUUCACUUCAACACACAUGAACUUCUCAGAGGACUCAAACUCCCAAAGCAGUGGCACCAUAACACCGGCGAAACGGUUAAAGACUGACUGAGGCAAGUUCAAGAAAUAAAAACCUCAUGGAGGCAAGGACUAUUGCAACUAGCUGGUGUAGUCUGGCUAAUCAAAGUUGAACCAAGCAAAUUCAGUCUGGCAUUUUACCAAUUGAAUUGCCAUAAAAUUAAUUUUGCUUGGUUCAACUUUUGUUAGUCAUACUAGUGAUGGCUAAGCAGUGCUAUUUGAUAUUAACAUUUACUUCUAUUGUUUUAAUGUCUGUGCUGUGAAUACUAUUUAUAUAAAU